AUGCUCCCCAGCGCCGUGGCGGCCCACGCCGGCGCGUACUGGGACGUGGUGGCGUCCUCCGCGCUCCUCAACUUCCCCGCGGCUCCGGGCUUUGGCAACUUGGGCAAGAGUUUCCUGAUCGAGAACUUGCUGCGGGCUGGGGGCGCCCCGCCGCACGCGCUGCAGCCACCCCCGCACCACGGCCCGGCGUCCGCUCUAGUGGCCGCCGCCGCCGCCGCCACGGCAGCCGGCGCGCAGGUCCGGCCCCUGCCGGCCAGCCCCGUUCCCCUCAAGCUGUGCCCCGCGGCCGAACCGGUCAGCCCCGGCGGAGCGCCGUACGGCACGCGUUGGGCUUUCCAAGUGCUCAGCCCCUCGGCCGAAGGCGCCAGGCUGCCGGGCCGGGCUCCGGGGGAUCGAGACUCUACCUUCCAGCCGUCAGCCCCAGCGUCUUCCAAACCUUUCUUCCUGAGUGCCUCACCAUUCUACUCUGCAUGCUGUGGUGGGUCCUGUCGGCGCCCAGCAUCCCCCACUGCUUUUGCAAGAGAAGAGAAUGUGCUGUCCCUCCUGACCCAGGACUCGAACUCCAAAGCUCGGCGGGGUAUUUUAAGAAGAGCUGUUUUUUCUGAGGAUCAGAGAAAGGCUCUGGAGAAAAUGUUUCAGAAGCAGAAAUAUAUCAGCAAAACAGACCGAAAGAAACUUGCCAUCAGCUUGGGACUAAAGGAAUCACAGGUGAAAAUUUGGUUUCAGAACAGAAGAAUGAAAUGGCGGAAUUCCAAAGAGAAAGAAGUGCUUUCCAACAGGUGUAUCCAAGAAGUAGGCCUUCAAGAGGAUCCCCUCUCGCGGUCUGCUCUGGGGUUCCCUUCUCCAUGUCCUUCGCUCUGGGAAGUCUCCCAACAGCACUCAAGUCCAAGAUGGAGGGAGAAUUCGCCAGAACCUUCAGAAAGACUGAUCCAGGAGAGUUCAGGCGCACGGCCCCCAGAAGCAAAUUCACUUCAGGGUGCCUUGUAUUUGUGUUCUGAAGAAGCUGGAGACAAGGGUGUGCUUACUGGGGCUGUCUGAAUGGAAGCCUUCCUCCUUGUUAAUUUGAAAAGGACGCCUAACUAAUAAUAUUUUGACUCUAAAGCCAGCUAGCUUGUGCCUCAUCAGUGCCUAAAACAUAAUAUCUUUGGAGUGAUGCACGAACUAAUGCUUUAGGAAGUCCUCUCCAGUGUUCUCUUGUUUGGCUCCCAGACUCAGGCUUAAUUUUUAAUUUGUAAGUGGAAUAGAAUCUCCCAGAGAGUACAAUGGAACUGAAAAGAAUUGAGAGUUAUAUAGUUGGGCUCAGUCCCUACUCUGAGUGAGUGUAUAUACGUGCGUGUCUCUAUGUGUGUAUAUAUAUAAAUAUUCAUGGAAAUGCAUCAGUAGGAGCUAGUUCCUCUUUAAAUAUUGCAUCGAGCAAAUUCAUUUCCUUUUAUUUGAGGAAAAACCAACUGUUGACUGAAUGCGAUUAAUUUCUUGAAAGUAAUGUAAAAUUUGGAUUUUAGCCCAAAUUUUCAUAUCACAGGAACAUGUUUUUAAAAAUUCUCUAUUUUCUGGUUUCUUUUAGAAUCUAGCUAUCGAAUUUUAACAAUUCAGCUCAGCUGUCCUGAUCGAAUAAGCCACUGUUAGAUACAUACACCGAAAGCAUAUACUUAAAAUUAACACAACAAGCAAACUAUAAGAAUUUCUGAAUGAUACUGUUAGUACCCUUAAUUUUCCAAGUCUCUGGCCUUUAUUAGGACAUCAGUGAGUUACCCAUUUAACUAACAGUUAUCUUUUGAUCUCUUCUCUGUAAGGAUGGGCUUUAGUUAAGGUUUGCAAAACAAAAUGCCUUUAAGGGCCUGUGAGUGAAUAAAGGGCAUGGCCCACCUAAAAAUAUUUGAGUUUAAUAAUUUAAAAAAUACUGUGUUGGGCACAUGAAACAUCCAUGCCAAGCAGUUUUUGACCUCUGGCCAAGAUUUAAGGAAGUGUCACAGUUCUUAAAAUGUUCCCAACUGAACUUCAAAACACAAUACUGAUGGAUUCUAGAGUGGAUUUCUGUUUGCACUUCUAGUUAUAGACUCAAUUUUCCACUUAGGUGGUAUACACCACAUUUUUAGGUUAUUUUUGUGUAUUAACAGACACCACACAGAUGUUUUAUGUGUUUUGAGUAUCCUGAAAUAGUAGUAUUAUAAAAUUGCAUUUCUGGUAACGAUUUGCUUAGUUAAUCUGGAAAUUUUUAUUCUAGGUCCAAGAAAGAAUUAUGUUUCACUUUGAAGGAAAUGAGGCAGAAAAAGGAAAUGAUGUGGUUUUGAACUUGGUUAUUAUUAAUCUGUGGACAAGAAACAUUAUUAGAAGUUCAUGAUGUGGAAUUUUGUUAGUGAGAAAUCUGUGUAAAGAAAGUGGCUUCUAAUUUGCUUACAUUCCUAGUUAUAGACUUUGAGGCUUUCGGGCUUAAAGAAGGUAAUGUCUUAGAAGACAACAGUUUCAGUCAGCAUCAAGAAAUUAUUUUGUGUGAACGUAAUUUGAAUUGGGGUAUGCUAGCCUGUGUCUUUAUCUCUAGAUGUUUUACUUAAAAGUCCUCUCAGAAGAAGCUUGUCUCAGUGUCUCUGUGGGAAGUAGGAGCAGGGAUCUGCUGACAACAAUUUAAAACUUAAAACUCAUCUUUAAAUGAUUUAUAGUAUUGUUUCUUUCCUUUGUAUAAUGUUAACCUCGUUUACAUAUAUUGGGUCCUUUUUUAUGCUCUAGAGAGUGUGCUAAGCCUAUUAAGGUGGAUUAAUUCAUGACAGUCCUCAUGACAAUAGUCCUAGGAAGUAGGCACUGUUACUGCCAACAUUCCUGUUGCCCAGAUGAGGAAGAAGGGACAGGACGAAGGCAGUGUGGUUAGGGUGAUGGCCCUAGGUCAUGAGGUUAAUGAAUAGAGUUUGGACCCUGGCCAUCAGGUUUCAAAUCUUGAGAUCUUACCAACCAUAUGGGGGUGCAUACCACUGUAGAAUGUAUUCACAAGUUUAUGGGAUGCAUUGUAAGACAUACGUUUUGGGGAUUACAGUAAGAUUUAUUAAAGAAAUUCAGAAGCAUUUUGUACUUUAUGAUCUCUUACUUGGGGAAUGGUUUUCUUUCUGGUAUUCUCUUCUCUGUUAACUUUGAAGUUUGAGGAAAGUAAAGAAUUGCAGAAACCUUCAACUAUCAAGCCUCUAUAGACAAUAGUCCCAUAGGAGUGUUUAAGUGAAAUGAAAAUGUUUUUUUUUUUCUUAUCAUUCAUGGCUAAAAAUUAUGAAGUGCUUACCUAUGGUUAAUGGUUCUGGAGGAUAACUUGAAGAUCAAAUGAGAGCAAUCUGCUUCAUGGCCAUCUUAUGACCCACGUGUUAGAUGUGGGUUGAUUGGUGCUUAGAUGAUCUUCCCCCAGGGUUUCACCCCAAGCUCUGAGGCUCAGCAGAGGCUCCUCUCUGCAAGGUUGGCCUGAUAUUCAAAUAUACAGAUAAAUAUUUUAAUUGGUUUCUAGCAUCAAGGCUUAGGAAAAGUAUACUUUAGAUGACUAUAUUAGGGAUACUUAGA